AUGUCAGCUCCAUUGCGCCGCGCAGUAAGAACUGCAGUUUUCAGCAGCAAUGUGGCCAAUUGCCCCUGCCGUCAUGCUUCGCAGUACAGGGUGCGCAUAGUGGACCAGGUGCGGUGUUUGAGCACAAGUCCCGCCUUACUAUCAGGCCACUCGAAAUGGGCUACUAUCAAACACGACAAGGCGAAGAAUGACGCUGGAAAAUCUAAGCAACGGUCGCUAAUGACCCGCGACAUCACCAAUGCCGUCAAACUCGCUGGGCCAAACCCUGAUAUGAACCCCCGCCUCGCUCUCGCCAUAGCCACUGCAAAGAAGUCGGCCGUGCCGAAGGCUUCCAUUGAGGCUGCAAUUGCACGCGGGCAGGGUCUCUCGGCUACAGGCACUGCGCUCGAAUCCCUUGUCCUUGAAGCCAUCCUCCCGCCGUCCAUUGCCACUAUUAUAGAAUGUCAGACCGACAACAAGCUGCGCGCACUGGCUGACCUCCGCUUACUAGUCAAGGAAGCGGGCGGUACCGUCUCCACAGUCGCCUUUAUGUUUGAAAAGAAAGGACGAAUAAUACUUCGGAAGAAAGAUGGCGUGACCGUAGAUGAGGUGCUGGAGCCGGCGCUGGAAGCGGGCGUACUGGAUGUAGAUGAGGAUGCUGAAGGCCGGGUGGUCUUGUACACUGAGCCAGCCAUGACGAACAAGACCGCCGAAAAAUUAUCCAAGGACGUCGGUCUCGAAAUCGAGGAGAGUGAGAUCAUAUACGACCCUAACGAGGAUACCAAGGUCACAUUGGAUGACGAGGGCGCAGCAAAAGAGCUGAGUAAUUUCUUGGACGAGUUGCAGGAGGUACAGGGCGUACAGGGCGUAUACAUGAACUGGACCAAGGGCAGCAUAGCAGAGGAAAUUUGGGAAGAGUUGAGAGGAAAGGUGAGCGUUUGA